UUCCAUUCAGUAUCAUUUCCGGUGUUUCCGUUGACAUACACGUGAGGCAAAACAAAAAGUUUGACAUUGAAAAAAGUGAAAUCUAUGGCUUCCUCCUGCGCUCAGCUGUGUCUAAGAUGCCGAAGUCUGCUUUGCUCGAAGACAGCGGGUGUGACCUGGCAGUACUCCACUCAAGUCAGACAUUGUACAUCUGUCACUGGGGGACUAACCCAAAUCUUUGCUGGUUCCUUGUUUAUCAGUGGGCGAAAUAAAAGGCCUCAAUGCAGCCAGAGAUGGAAACAACAGACGUGCUUUUACAGUGACUUAACUGGCAGAAGUGUGGUCCCAGGAGCCCACGAAAACAAGGAGCUGACAAAAACUGAUGCUGUGGCACAUAGGAGCCCUCCAUUACAAUUUGAGGAUGCUGUGCCACUGACUGAAAGUCAUGUAUCAUUAGAUCUGGAUGUCGCUGAAUUUUCAGCAUUGGAGGAGAUCAAUGAUGAAGAGGCUGUUAGUGUUACUGUCCCUCCUGCCAUACCUCCAGCCUCCACCUCUCUCAGAGAUUAUGUUGACAAGUCUGAGACCCUCACCAAGCUGGUACAGUUAGGUGUCAACUUGUGGAAGUUGGAGCAAAGGCCCAACGUGGGUUCCAUGCUGCUGAAGCUUGACUUUCAAACCGAUGUGGCCCCAAGACUGCUGUUCCUCAAAGAUAUCGGGGUGGAGGAUUCUUGCCUGGGGAAUCUCAUUACAUACAACCCCUUUAUUCUGACAGAGGAUUUGGAAAACCUACAGACCAGGGUGGACUAUCUCAGGUCACAGAAGUUUAGUCCUGACACUAUAGCAUCCAUGGUGUCCAGAGCUCCUUAUCUACUCAAUUUCAGCGUGAAGAGGCUUGACAACAGACUGGGUUUUUAUCAGCAGCAACUCGGACUCAGUGCUUCUAAUACUCGGAACAUAGUGUCUCGACUUCCCAGAUUACUGUGUGGCAGUUUGGAACCUGUUAAAGAAAAUCUGAAGGUGUGUAAUAUAGAGUUGGGGUUUAAGGAAAAUGAGAUCCAGCAGAUAGUGCUGGCUGUCCCCAAAGUGCUGACUGCCAAUAAGAUGAAGCUCACCCAAAUAUUUGACUUCGUCCAUAACACCAUGCACAUUCCCCACCACCUGAUCGUCAAAUUUCCACAGGUCCUCAAUACCAGCAAACUGCGUUUGAGAGAACGCCAUCUGUUCCUCCAGUACCUUGAGAAAGCCCAGUAUGACCCAACCCAGCCCAACUACAUCUCUCUAGAUCAACUGGUGUCCUUACCCAACAACAUAUUCUGCACCAAGGUGGCUUCUGCAACACUUGAAGAUUAUUACAUGUUUCUGAAGACACUUUGAAUCAUUAUGAGGGAUUACAACGGCCCUGAACCACAAAAUUAUCUGGUUCACAGACUGAAUCCCAGAAUGUCACGUAACAAAUACCCUGUUGUUCACAGGCUCUUAAAGGAGACAUUGGCAAAAGAAUUCCUAAUGUAGACAGAAAUUUCUAUUGUACAGAUGUCAUAUAAAGUAUUUGUAUGCAAUUCAACUGAUCUAGUAGCUGAAACCUGUUUCACACACC